GGCGUCGGGCCGGGCGGCGAGAGCGGCGGCGGCGGGCCGGCCGGCGGCGGCGCGGCCGGCGGCUCGGACGGAGGCGGCGGCGGCGCCGGCGGCGGAGGGAAGGGCGGCGGCGAGGGCGGCGGGAAGGGCGGCGGCGAGGGCGGCGAGGGCGGCGGCGUCGGCGGCGGGAAGGGCGGCGGCGACGGAGGCGGGAAGGGCGGCGGCCUUGGCGGCGGCGGCGCGGGCGGCGCGGCUGGCGGUGCUGCGGGCGGCGACGGCGACGACGGCGGCGACGGCGAGGCCGGAGGCGGCGGCGGCGUCGACGGCGGACCCGGGGGCGGCGGCGCGGGCGGCGCGGCUGGCGGUGCCGCGGGCGGCGACGGCGGCGACGGCGGCGACGGCGAGGCCGGAGGCGGCGGCGGCGUCGACGGCGGACCCGGGGGCGGUGCGGGCGGCGACGGCGAGGCCGGCGGCGACGGCGGGCGAGGCGGGAGGGGCGGCGGCGCAGCGGGCGGCGGGAAGGGCGGCGGGAAGGGCGGCGGCGUCGGGCCGGGCGGCGAGAGCGGCGGCGGCGGUCCGGCCGGCGGCGGCGCGGGCGGCGCGGGCGGAGGCGGCGGCGGAGGCGGCGACGCGGGCGGCGCGGGCGACGAUGGCGGCGGCCGCGGCGGCGACGGCGAGGCUGGCGGCUGCGGCGCGGCCGGCGGAUCGGACGGAGGCGGCGGCGGCGCCGGCGGCGGAGGGAAGGGCGGCGGCGAGGGCGGCGGGAACCGCGGCGGCGAGUGCGGCGAAGGCAGCGCCGACGACGGCCUUGGCGGCGGCGGCGCGGGCGGCGCGGCUGGCGGUGCCGCGGGCGGCGACGGCGGCGACGGCGGCGACGGCGAGGCCGGAGGCGGCGGCGGCGUCGACGGCGGACCCGGGGGCGGUGCGGGCGGCGACGGCGAGGCCGGCGGCGACGGCGGGCGAGGCGGGAGGGGCGGCGGCGCAGCGGGCGGCGGGAAGGGCGGCGGGAAGGGCGGCGGCGUCGGGCCGGGCGGCGAGAGCGGCGGCGGCGGGCCGGCCGGCGGCGGCGCGGGCGGCGCGGGCGGAGGCGGCGGCGGAGGCGGCGACGCGGGCGGCGCGGGCGACGACGGCGGCGGCCGCGGCGGCGACGGCGAGGCUGGCGGCUGCGGCGCGGCCGGCGGCUCGGACGGAGGCGGCGGCGGCGCCGGCGGCGGAGGGAAGGGCGGCGGCGAGGGCGGCGGGAAGGGCGGCGGCGAGGGCGGCGAGGGCGGCGGCGUCGGCGGCGGGAAGGGCGGCGGCGACGGAGGCGGGAAGGGUGGCGGCCUUGGCGGCGGCGGCGCGGGCGGCGCGGCUGGCGGUGCCGCGGGCGGCGACGGCGGCGACGGCGGCGACGGCGAGGCCGGAGGCGGCGGCGGCGUCGACGGCGGACCCGGGGGCG